GCGGAAGUGCGCGUUGUUGCUGAAUGCUGAUGGCGGAGUACAGGCUUAUCUUGAUACUAAUGACUACGGAGCUGAAAAGGAAAAUGUCUAACGGUAACGACAAAGACCACAUCGACUCAUUGUGAAGCCUCGUUGUGCAUACAGACAGUAAUCCACACCUUGCUCCUACCCUUCGUUUGGAGCCCAGUUCAACAUUCUCCGACGCCAACAGCACCAGAGGGACCCAUUUCAUAUUUGGACCUGCAGUGACAGUUCUCCGAUUGACUCAGGCGCAGAUUGCUCUCCAGCAGCUUGCUGCUCUAGCAACCAUAACUGUUGGCAACCAGUGGCACAACAACAACUGGUUUGCAGCAGCGUUACCUCCUCAUCUGGCCCUCCUGAGUCUUCUCAAUAGACAGCAGGUGUCAGCUAUUGGAUUUAACGUGGACACAAACAGCAAAACUUGCAGGAACACACGGCCCUGUCUCUCUGCUGCCAUGUACCACCACCACUCCCAGCAACAGGGCCCACAGCCCUUCUCUAAUGGGCCCAGGCCUCCUCAUCAUCAGCCACCUCCAAAUCAACAUCAGAAUCGCCCUCCUUCUGAUAUGCUGUCGCAGGUGAUGGGUUUCCAGUUUCCUCGUCCCACCCAGCUCCCUGAUGAACUAGAGUCUGCCCUGGCUAUCCGGGGUGCUAGGGACAUGGACCACCGCGUCAUUGACCACAUGAGCCGACCAAAUCAACACCAGAACCAAGGCUCAGGUUCUGGGAUCAGUCAACAUGGAAGCUACGGCUCAAACCCAAUAACACUCACCUCUGAUAAUCAGCCUGGCCACCAACAAGGAGUAGACUGGUCAAGCUACCAACCUCCAACUAAACUGUUUGCCAGUCCUCCACCUAGUGCUAGCCACCAGUCCCAACGGCACCAGGGGCCUCAACAGCAACCCCAGAGCAGCCACACUGGAACAAGCAUCCCAAGCUGGACUGCCCCUGUAAGUGGCUCACCGUCGCCCCAAGCCCGGCACCCCCAUGGUGGUGGAAGUGGUGGUGGUGGGGAUGGUCAGAGUUUGUAUACACCCGAGAGUGCAGGAAGUAUCUUGGCUAGCUUUGGACUUUCAAAUGAGGACUUAGAAGUGCUGAGUCACUACCCCGAUGAUCAGUUAACCCCAGAUACUUUACCAUUCAUACUCCGUGACAUCCAAAUCAACAAGUCAGGCAACCAGAAAACUGUGGCUUCCACUUCCUCAUCCUCGUUCUCACGCAACGUCCACGAUGUGCCGCUUCCUCCUACCCGCUCUUCGCCAUUGGGACGUUCAAGCUCCCCCGAAGUGCCCAGCCUUCUUACUGUUACACAGACAGCAGGUAAAGUCAUUGACUAUGGUCAUGCCAGUCGGACAAAGGAUGAGAGUAGUACCAGAGAGACUUUCAAAAGAGAGCAGCUCUCCAGUGAAAGGACAGUUAAAAUGUACCCAUCUUCAUCAUCUUCCUCAUCAGCUCCAAAAGCUGAUAAAGCUGAAAGGCGGCGGGUUCGUUUGGAACACACUGAAUCAAGCAAGCACGGAGACCGGGACUAUCGCAGGACGAGUAGCGACCAUCGCAAGAGCAACCGGUCACCUGGGAGAGAAUUUCCACCAUCGUCCAAAUCUCGUAAUUUAGACCGAGACUACAGGCGUGACGGGCCCAAACCUAGGCCCUCAUCUGAAACGAGGAGCGAGGCUUCCUCAAGACGGUCUGUCUCCUCUUCGUCUGGCUCAAAACCACACAGCAGCAGCAAGAAGUUACCUACCCCCACCAUGAUAAGUGAUUUCUCAGCUGUGUCUCCAAAGGUGUAUCCCCACACCUGCUCCCUGUGCCACAUACAGUGUGAUCAGGAAAAGGACUGGGUUGACCAUAUUAACACCGUCAACCACACUGCUGCCUGCAGAGACCUGCGCAACAAGUACCCUGACUGGAAACCAAAUCUACCAAGUCGGAGUGGACGAUAUGACAGCCGGGCUCUGUGGGAUCCCAAGGAUCACUCUCCGUCCCAUUCUGUGUCUCGAUCCCUCUCUUGUUCUCCUACACCAAGUCCUCCUCACAGCAAACACAGGGUGGGCCCCCAUCCUCACAGGCCUCACAGAAGGCCUUACUCUCCUCACCAUCACCCUCGCCACCAACGCUACACAGAACAUGGCCAUUGGUUGGAGCGCCGCCACUCUGGCUCAAACAGUCCGUCUCGCUCACAUCGAACCUCCUCAUCCUCCAGAGAGCAUCGGCCUGAGAACAGAGAUGGGGAAUCAUCAGGGGAUUCCUCCUACAGUGGUGUGAAACGUCCACAUGAUGAUUCAACCAAAUUCUCCACUGACACCAGCCGACAUCCAUCCUCCUCCAAGGCGGGUCACAGCUCCAAACACAGACCCUUACAGGCAACCAAAACUGUCAAGAGCGGGACAAAGCCUGGAUCCAAGAUGACUAAGACAGCAAGUGCCAAGACUGCUGACACAUCUGCCAAGCCACCGCCGGCCAAGAAGAAGAAGAAAAUAGUGACUCCAGCCUCCCAGGACUCGUCUGUCGCAGAUCGUCUAGUUUAUCUGACAGGCAUCCCAAAGGAUGCAUCAGAGCAGGAAGUUACCGACUUGGUCGGGUCCUAUGGCAAGAUCAACAACGUGAUCCUCAUGCCAUGCUCCACGGAAGAGAGCGAGAAGGAUGAAGGGCAAAAGGCAUCUGUAUGCAUGGUGAAGGCUGAAGACGCUCAGGCUCUGGCUAACUCCACAAAGCUCUCCAUCAGAGACCAGCAAAUCUCUGCUUCAGUAGCCAAGAAACCUGAAGCGGGGCAGUCUUCUGAUGCUAACAACAGCAAACCUGCUCCAGGACAGGACAAAAGGGCUGCUGGGGAAGACUCUGGAGUCGAGGCUGACCAGAAGACUUCUGAUGAGAAGGGCAUGAUGUUGAUCACAGGACUUCCUGAGACUGGCUGGUCAGAGAGUGACAUCAUCAAGCUGGUCCAGCCCUUUGGAACUCCCUCUGACAUCAUCCUGGCAACACAAAUUGGAAAGGUACUCGUGUCAGUGCCAGACAAUGAGAUUGCUCAAGAGAUAGUGAAAGUCCACACCUUUAUCCCUGCGAAGAUUAAAGACUCUGAGCUGAAGAUGAUCCAUCUCAAACAGUGUAUCGGUCUCAGCACUCCGGUGGCUCUCUACAAUCUUCUGAUGGGAUCAGUGGACCCAUUAGAGAGUCCCGUUCCAGUAGGCUGGAGCAGCCUGUUGGUGAUCAAUAAUGUUCCCAACACGCCGUCUGGCUCCUCUGAGGUCCAGAAACUGGUGCGACGCUUUGGGACUGUCAUCAAGACCCUAGUGCUCAACAAUACGGUCAUUUGUGAGAUGGCGACUGCAGCCAUGGCCCUGUCUGUUUACAAACGCUUCCAGAUGUUUCCGUGCAUCAUCCAGAACAACCCUCUGUUCUUCUCCCGCAAGCCUGACCCCAAAGCCAACACACAGACCAAAGUCAUCACUGCAUACCUUGAUUCAUCUGAGGAUACACCUGCAAAUGGAAAGGGCAGCCAAACUGCACAUGAAGAGGAUUCAGAAUCUCCAUUGGAGGGAAUGGAAAAACACGGCAAUGGGAAGGACGAGAAGAUGAAGAGCACCAAGAAGACGGUUGGUGAAGAUGAAGCUUUGGGAGACAACGGGAGCAAAGACGACAAGAUCAAAAAAGACGAGCUUGCUAAUGCUGUUUCUGACUCUUUGGCUGCACCAGACACCAAACCAGAAGCAGACUUGGAGACAGACAUGAGGGAAACUUCAGCUGUUGAAACUGUCAUGGAGACAGCAGAAGAGAAGAAAAGUGUCAAUGCAUCCAAAGCAGGACAUGACAAGACUCCUGCUGGUGAAGAGACAAAGCCGUCUAGCUCUGAUGGCAAAACAGUUUCCUGGGAGACUGCAAUGCCAAAGCUCCCUAAGGUUACGCAAGAGAUGGUCAACGCACUGCUUGUGGAGUGCCGAACAAGAACCGCCAGCCAUCCCAACAACACAGCAACGUCCACCAAUGGAGAACAAGGGGAAACACAAAUGGAGACAGAGCAGGGCGAAAAAGCAGUAGAGGAGACAAAAGAGCCAGCCAAGAGCCACACAGAGGAGGAGGUGACGAAGCAGGAGAGGGAGCGAAAAGAGAGUGAGGCAAGAAAGGAGAAAGAGGCCAGGGAGAGGGAGAGGAGGGCCAAGAAGGAGAGGGAGCGGGAUGAAAGAGCCAGGAGGGAGAAGAGAGAGGAGGAAAGAAGGGAGUGGGAGAGGAGGGAAAGAGAAAGGAGGGAGAGAAAGAGAGCAUACGGUGAAGGUUUGUCGGGAUUGAGGUCGUCUUGCAGGUUUGAGAGAUACAAGCCGAGCUCUUGGAGGGAUGAACAGUAUAACAACUCAGAAGCUGAGACCAAAACGGUGGAGGAGGAGGAUUUUGAGUUCCCAUUCAACUUGAGCGACUUUGUGACGGUAGAUGAAGUGGGAGAUGUGACCGACCUUCCUUGCUCUCCCUCUCCCGCUGUUCCCACGGAAACCACAGAGGGAAGGGAAGACGCUCCCUCAUCUGUCCUACAGGACGCUCCAGGGGACACACCCAUGGAAGUUACCACAGAAACAUCAGUGUCUGAUGAGCACUUAUCGGAGUCUGAACCUGUGACUGUGCUGACAGCUGAGACUUCAGGAGGUUUGGUGUCAUCAGAUUUAACACCUGGUCUGGUCCUCACCGCUGCAGCAUCCCCCGCCCCGGCUUCACAGUCUGACUCUUCCCCCGGCCAAACACACCUGCCAAUAUGUCAACCAGAAGCACCUGAGACAGAAACCACACUGACAGCCACUCUGGACUCCACCAAUGAGGAUGAACCACUUCCCACAUGUGCCCCUGCAGCUUCAGCGGCCCCAGCUGGCUCCACCUCAAACAGCCCAACAACAGGGCCAGUGACCGCAGAGCCUGAGGAAGAUGCUCUCAGUCACAGUCAGGCUAAGGCAGCGGAGAUGCUGGUGGUGUCGGACAAAACGGAGGAACGAGAGAAGAUGCAGUUUGAAGAGGGCAAAGCUGCGGAGACGGGAAAGCACAAGAAGUCUGAAGACCAAACAAACACUGAAGAGGAGAGUGUGAAGAAGAAAUUAAAGACAGAAACGCCCCUGAGCACAGCCUACUCCCUCCCUCCUUACGACCCAAGCAACCCAGUUGGUAAGAGACUUUUCUGUUUAUUCACCAUGUCUGCCAUUGUGUGUUCAUCUAUGUUUUUUACAUUUAUGUUUAUUAUAUUUGAUAGUGGUCAACAGCUGAUAGAGCUCACUUUGUGUGUGUGUGUGUGUGUGUGUGUGUGUGUGUGUGUGUCCACAGGUAUGGAGUUCUUGGUCCCAAAGACAGGUUUCUUCUGUAAGGUGUGUAAUAGGUUCUUCAGCGGAACCAAAGAGGCAGAGGUCAACCACUGCAAAACCCUCAAACACUAUGACAACCUACAGAAAUACUUGCCGACCACGAAUAAGGCGAAUGUGACUGCCAAACCUGACUCCAGCUGAAUGUGGCUUUGAAACUCUUGACUGAAUUUGCCAUUCCCCUCAUUUUGUAUUGUCCCUUCAUUUCUCACUAAGGGUCCAGAUUAGGCUCAUGUCCUGUCUCUGUUUGAAUAUGUGGUAUUCAUUUUCAUGUACAAUUAGGAGAAGCCAGUGGAAUAUGGCUGGCAGUAAGAACUGUGCACAGUCAAUAAAAGGUUUUUACUAAA